GAGCUGCGAGUGGGGACUGGGGAGUGGGGGAUUGACUGUUCAGAAUUCGUGCAGAGGCACGAUUUUGUUUCUGCGAAUAUUAUGGACUAUGGAGCAUUGCUCAUAACGAGAUUGACAUUAAUUUCGAUAUGAUAAAAAAAUGCAAAAUUUAUCGAGUGGAGAUGUUCGUAGUUUCAUAGACAAAUAAAGUCGUAAGUUUUAAGUCAGCUAAUAACCUAAGAAAAUACACUGAUUAAAUAAAUUGAACCUAAUUGUCAAAUAUGAGUCAGCAAUGGAUCAUUGUUUAUCUACUAAUAGCAUGUGCGCAUUUAUCAUAUCAGAGAUCAACACCAGAUGCAGCAACUUACAUAGCAGCUGUAGUAGAGUUUCCCCCACAAUAUUUAAUAAACAGUUACCAGACUUUGGGUGUAAAUUCUGACACAUAUAUCAGACAUAUUAAAACAGCUAGUCUUAAUGCUGAUAUAAUCGUUUUCCCUGAAGAUGGCUUGACAACAGUUCAUUUGCCGGAAAGGGAACAAAUGGGGGAUUGGACAACUGUUAUUCCUAGUGCCUCAUAUAAUUAUACGCCUUGCAGUCAAGAUACUGUUGAAGUCAGCGAAACAUUGAAAAAAAUAUCAUGUGCUGCAAGGGAUAAUGAAAUCUAUGUGGUAAUCAAUAUCGCUGAGAAAGCACCUUGCACUGACGUACCUUGCCCAAGAGACAAAAUGUUCUAUUACAACAGCAAUGUUGUAUUUGAUCGCACAGGACGGAUUAUUGCCAGGUAUCGUAAGACAAACCUUUUUGAGGAACAUCAAUUUAAUGUGACAUCAGUACCAGAAAUAGUGACUUUUGAUACUGAUUUUGGAGUAAAAUUUGGAACUUUCAUAUGUUUUGAUAUAUUAUUUCGCGAACCCACGAUACAAUUAACAAGGAUUCAUCAAGUUACUGACUUUGUAUAUCCUACAGCAUGGUUUUCUGAAGCACCAUUCUUAACAGCUGCACAAACACAAGCAGGAUGGUCAUUUGCUGAAAACGUAAAUCUUUUAGCUUCGGGCUACAACAGACCUGGCUCUGGCAAUGCUGGCAGUGGAAUUUACCUAGGUCGUAAAGGAGUCGGAAAGGCAAUAAUGCCGGAAACUACGCAUGAGGAAAUAUUGAUAGUUCAAGUACCCAAGAUAAAAGAGAGAAUUAAGUAUCAUGAAAACCAUCACGAUCAUUCAAAGGAUCAAAAUCAGAAAGUUAGGCCAUCUUAUCAUGAGGAGUAUGAACUACAGCAGAAGCGGCAAGACAAUGCAAUGAUGGUUAAAGAUAAAAUAUUGUUAAAACAAGAUAAUAUUCACGUUUUUCAAACACAUCUUUUGCAAAAAUUUUCUUCCGUAGACAGUUUGUCAAUUUGUAAGGAUGGCUUUUGCUGCGAUGCUAAAGUAGACAUAGCGAAAUCAGACAAUACAACGUACCGUUUCGUAGUUUUUAACGGUAUACGUGAUUAUUCAGAUGUUAAAGCUGGCGUACGUGCGUGCGGUAUAAUUCAAUGCUCGAACGAUUCGAUUUCAUCAUGCGGUUCCGUGGAAGAAUCAAAAACAGUGUUCAACAGUAUUGAACUCACGGCAACGUUUCAUGAUUAUAAAGACAGUUUAAUUAUGCCGUCUACGUUAAAUGCCGAUUUACUCCCGCUUGAAGGUUGGACAUAUGAUGAUCACAUUCACGAUGACCAUAUGCAUGUUAAUAUGGCCCUAAUUAAUAAAAACAAUUUAGCAACAUUUGGAGUAUAUGCGAGAGACUUUAAUAGGAACAACGCAAAUAGAACAUCCUUUUACACCAUUAAUUAUACUAUAGUGUUAUUAGUGACUUUGUUGUUAUCAAGAUUGUAAUUUAUAUAUGCAACACGUUUAUACUUUUACCUACAUUUAAUUAUACUCUGCAUACUUUUUUGUGGUAUACUUUCCAGAAGUCAUGUACUUUUGAAAAAAAGUUCUGAAUUAUUUGUUAAUAAACGAAAGUAGAAAUACUUUUG